AUGUCGAACAUGGAGAGUUCCGAACGCGAAUACCAGGAGACCAUUAAGAAGCUCACCGCGGUAAGAAUGUUUCAUAACUGUCUCAACACUGUAUACUUACAAAGGAACAGAAGCUUGAGGGAACUGACAUCAACUCCGAAGGAGACCUCACUAUCCGUCUCUAUACCGUUGAGGGUGUAGGCGACAGGACUUUCAAGGCCGCGUCAAGUGGAAAUCCUAUCAAGGGAAAGAUCUUAGCGACCAUCAAAGUCACUCGUCAGGUUCUGAACGACAACUUUGAUUAUUUUAGGGCGAUGUUUACGCGUGAACGCUGGCUUGAGUAUGAUCAAUCUGUCAUCGACAUAGAGUGUGACCACCCUCUUGCAGCAAGAAUUUGGUUUCACGCAUAUCACGAAGGCGGGAUUCCAGCAAGCUUCAGUGAAAUGCCAGUAGAAGAGGUCUGGCAAGUCAUUGGUAAGUCGCCCUUCUGUCACUCAUCUCAUCAUGUAUGUCCUUCUGCAUGCAUAGCGAUAUUGCUUUCCCUCUGUUUUUGCGAUGAGAAGUUUAAAUCUUACUCAUACUCUUCUAGAAUUCGGUACCUUCAUCCAAGCAAAGCGUCCAAACGAGGCGGAUUUCAGCAAGUUGGAAACUUGGUUUGGAGAGGUUGUCAAACACCACGAUGUCACAAACGUGAAGAAUACAAAAGACAAUGAAUUGAAUAUUCGGAUGCUGCUUUACCCUGCCUACAUCUUUGAUGAUGCGAAGGUAUUUGCCUCGCUCACCCAACUCUUGGCAUAUUCUUUCGCAGGCCAUAUCACAGAGUCCAAUCCAACGGACAAUCGCCGCCUUCACUUGGAUGGAAACAUGGUCGGCAGGAUGGUUGCUUAUUGCUGUCAUUGCACAUUUGCUAACAAGAUAUGCCUGUAUCAGGAUCACUAAAUGGAGCCCGCGGUAGUUUGAAGAACCAACUAGUCGGUGGAUUUUUCCAACCUCAAGAGGAAUUCCCGAAGCUGAGUUGCAAGUGCAAAGGCGAUUCCGUCAUCGAGUAUCUCAAGGCCGUACAAAAAACCGAAAUCUGGCCAGUCCAAAGACUUCAGCAAAAAUCAAUCUUCGACAUUAUCGACUGCCCUGGUACUAUAAACUUCGCAUGCAAGAUUCCCGAGAAUGCCUGUAUGCACUGCAGACGUUUGCUCAGCAGGACUGUUAUCAGCGAGCUCCGUAUGAAGGUCGCUACUAGUUUUCAAGGCAUCUGCUUGGAUUGCGUAAAGAUGACCAAGACGGAAGACGUUGAUUCGGAUUACUGGACACAUGAUGAAGAUAGAGCAUGGGAUGAAGAUUGCCGAAUUUCACAUAAACAGCCAACUUGGUAUUGGUCAUUCAUGGGAAGAAAAGAUAUUAUGGAAAAAUAUCAACUCAGAAAGAAGGAGGCAUGGGAGCGGCGCCGUCACUGA